AUGAAUCGUCAAACUGGUCAAGCUGGUCAAGUUCCUCAAAUUAGUUUGGAAGAGUUAUUGGAAGAAUUGAAAGAUCAACUCCCAAGUUAUAAUCAAGCUACAGAAGCAGUUACAAAAGCAAAAGAUGCUGAUAUUGAAUCACAAGCUUUAGAUCAAUCACCACCUUCAUAUUCACAACAUUUAGCUUUUGUUUCUCAAAAUAAUGCACCAACUGAACAAAAUGAUUCAAAUUCAAACACUAACGAGUCGUUAACACUUAGAGAGACAGUUCUGGUUAUAUUUGCUUUGCUUCUUUCUAUGGGGAUGCUGAUUGGAUUCAUUUUCCUCUUAGUGUACUUUGCAGAGUCUAUUUCAUGUUUAUGUGAAGAUGAAGAUUAG